AUGGCAACGCCGUCCAAUAUACAGCGGAUUUCCCGUCAAACAUUAACCCUCAUUCAUAAAAAUCUCCUUGUUGCGUGGAAGAAGCCGUUCUCUACCAUAAUACGGACGUUGGUUGUCCCGAUUGCCCUAACUCUUAUUUUCUGUUUCCUCAAGCACAUAUCACCACCCAGUGUCAAUAUCGGCCCAGCAGGCUUCAGCAAUGAAACAAUUCCUAUUCUCAGCCUUGGAGAAGCCGCCAAAACAGCAUCAUAUACGCGACUCGCGUUUGUCACAAAUGGCAUCGAAGACCCAGCGCUGGAUCAUCUUAUCCAGGGCGUUAUUUCAGGGCCGGGGAUGAGUGUUAUAGAUACACAAACUGUCAAUAACACCGCCGAUCUUUUUGACGUAUGCUCACAAACUAUUCAAGGAGCUGGAAAAUAUUUCGCCGCCAUCAUCUUUACAAGUUUCAACGAGACCAACGUCGACUACAGUAUCGCUAUUAGUGAAGAUAUCGCAACAAAUUAUCCCACUAAUUACAAUAAUCAACAAUCUCUGCUAUCUCGGUAUAUGCUCCCCGUACAGUGGGCUGUCAAUUCGCAAUUGGGAAACCUGUCUGAUGACGCGAAACCGAGCGAGCGAAUGUGGAGUGGAUUCUUCAACGAGGAUUCUUCCGAGACAACUUCAUACCUGGAUUCUGCGAAGCAAGUGUUUUGGCUAGAGAUCGUGCAAGUUUUUGUUGCGCCUCUCUUCAUAUGUAUCUUCGUUGGUGCGGCAUACCACAUCAGCACACUCGUGACGUCGGAGAGACAGCUAGCAGAGCUCAUGGCUGCUCAGCGGAUAACUUCUACCCCUCGGAUUUUGUCCACAAUAAUAUCGUUUAUUGUCAUGUACAGUCCCGGUCUCAUUAUUUGUUCGGUCCUUACUACCGAAAUUCUCUUUUCACAUGCGUCUGGUGGCCUCUUUUUUAUUUUGACGGUCUUCUGUGGCUGUUCUGUUAUCAUUUUCUCUCACUUUAUUGCUUCCUUUUUCCAAAAGCCAUCUAUUGCAGGGAUGACAUGCUCCAUCUUAGUCGUUUGCCUCGCUUUGAUAACACUCGCUACAACUCUUCAGGAAUACCCCAGCCCGACGCAGAUCCGAGGCCUUGCUCUGCUUUUCCCUCCUCCUGGGCUACUCUCAUUAGGGAGACAUCCGGGAGUGAAAUAUCCUAGUCCCUCCCUUCUGACCAGCAAACAAAUGACACAUAUACGCAAACCAUUUCCCAACCACUUUUGA